CUACCUUUCACGAUCCCCGUCUAAUCUACAUGGUUGUGGCUUUGGGACCCGGGAAGUUCUAUGGGAGCAGUCUCCCUCGACCGCGCUUCUUCUCCGACGUCAAGCUGAACGACGUGCGCGUGGAUCCUCCUGUGCCUGUCAUGGAUCCUCUCCUCUCCUGGGCCAAUGAAGCGCACUGGUCGAUGGGCGGACUCAGUUUCCAGCGCAAUCGCCUCCAGGGCCGCAUCGAGGGAUCCAUCAAGAAGCUCAGGGUGCAGCAAGAUCGUACUCGCAGAAAGAAGGCUGGCGAUAAGAUUCGUAGCUUCGGCGUGAAACCUUCCUCACUGAAAUCUCUUGAUUCGGAGCAGACCAAGUCUUCAGAAGAGGUCGCUCCCGUUACACCAUCACCGCCUCCGAAGAAGAAGAGGGCGAGAAAGCUGAUGGACGAAUUUGAGAAGGUUGCUGUUGAGGAGAAGAGCAAGAGUGUUCGGAGUGAGGAGAUGGAUAGUGUUUCUCCGGAGAAGAUGGAGAAUAGGGAGGUCGAAAUUAGUGUUUCCUCUCGCACUCGUAGCCGGAGAUGGCCAGCUGGGCAGAAGGGGAGUGCUGGUGGCAGUGCUGCCGGCGCUAUAGUUCGUCGGAUUUCGCCGAGGAAGUUGUUGACUUGAGUUGCACUUCUCUAUUUGUUUUUUUUUUUUUUUGUUUGAACUUCAGUUUUUUAAUGUGGUGGUAUUAUUUGAUUGUAGAUCAAUUAUAUUCGGUCUUUGUACCUGAGAAGCGUUAGUUUCUUCUUGCAAUAUA